ACAGUUCGGAUCACUUUCAGUUCUAAUCCAGGGCCCAGCCUGAUCACGUACCGCGUAACCGCUUCUCUUCCAUUGGUUUCUUCUUUGAUCCUCUGCUCUCUCGCCCGUAGAUCUCUCUCUCUCUCACUUUUCCCCGAGGGAAGGUAAAGCAUCACAGAGAGGGAGUGAGAGUAAAGGAAACCUUCCAAAUCCACAACAUUCUCCAUUUCAAUUCUCUCUCUCUCUCUCUCUGAAGAAUUGGUUUGAAAGAUGGUGGACUUCGCUCGAGUACAGAAGGAGCUCCAAGAAUGCAACAAGGACAUCGACGUGUCCGGUAUAAGCAUCAAGCUCAAAGGCGACAACAACAGUCUCACUCAUCUGACCGGUACCAUCCCAGGCCCUCUCGCCACUCCUUACGAAGGCGGCAACUUCAACAUCGACAUCGUCUUGCCCGAUGGGUACCCUUUUGAGCCUCCGCGGAUGCAAUUCGCUACCAAAGUUUGGCAUCCCAAUAUCAGCAGUCAAAGUGGAGCAAUAUGCCUGGACAUUCUAAAGGACCAAUGGAGCCCCGCACUAACUCUAAAAACAGCACUCCUCUCUGUACAAGCAUUACUUUCUGCUCCUGAACCUGAUGAUCCACAAGAUGCUGUAGUAGCACAACAGUAUCUUCGAGACUACCAGACCUUUGCAGCCACAGCUCGUUACUGGACGGAAACCUUUGCUAGGACGUCAGCUCUUGGGAUUGAGGAUAAGGUAAAAAAGCUGGUGGAGAUGGGAUUCCCCGAGGCUCUGGUGAGAAGUACGCUGGAGAGCGUUGGCGGUGAUGAGAAUAUGGCUCUUGAAAAGCUUUGCUCUGGUUAGAACUACUCGGCAUGAUUCCAUUUAUUUCAACUUUGGAAUUUUCUGUGCCACUGCAAAAGGUUGGAAACUAUACAGACAGGAAGGGAUUCAUCGCAGUAUAAGCUGUUCGUUAUAGAUUAGCUUUUCUAUCUUCUGGUUAUUUAUCUUUUGUUCCAGACUGUGCAUUCAUCCUUCAUGAACAUUAUCUCCCUACAUCAUUACAUCGAUAUCACUCUUUCCUAAUGGGUAGCUAGUUCGGUUGUGCACCUUUUGUUGGACGUUGACAACAGUUAUCACAAUGUAUCCAUUGGUAUCAAUCAUAUAAUAAUGAGUUUGACUUCA